UUGGUUGGGUGGGUGGGUUUCUUGGAUGGGGGUAGGGAGGAGGAGAGAAAGGAUUCUUCUGGUGCAGUUGCAUGACCGGAGCGAGUCUCUGAAUGGGUGGCUGGGCUCUGGGAGUGGGAGCAAAGGCUUGCUGGCUGGCUGGCUGGCUGGCUGGCUGUGGUGCUGGGGCGCGUAUCAAGAAAGGAGGGCGGACCAGAAAUAUGGCAGUCAUAAAACACUACGUUGCGGACAGGGGACCAUUGUUAAAAAAGAAAGAAAGCAUGGCAUCUUCUUAGUGUAUGGUUGCUCGUACAUACGUCCAGCAUAUACCAAGGGAAAGGCAUAAAAUGCCGCCCUCGGGUUGUGUUUC